AUGGAGAAGGAACUGUCUACCCUAGAACUGGAUCUGACAGUCAGGAACGAUUACGAUACUUUUCUGAACGAAGAGUCCAUGUUUGCUUUGCUACUCUCAUCCACGGGCCGUGACCUUAAGCCAACGGUUCACAUACCCUUUUCAAAGCAAAGAUCCUCGUUCCAGACCAAUCUUAACGCUCUGGAAGUCCAUCUUGACCCGCGCGUCGCAUCAUACAUCUUCCUGCGCCGUAACGAUACGUUCAUCGCGAUUACAUUUGUACCCUAUCUUGCGCCAGAAACUCAACGACGUUUCUUGCUCGACAACCGACAUGAAUUUUUGCGUCAACUUGGGGAGAGGUAUUUCGCGCAGUCGUUGAUCUGCAAAGAAAUUAGUGAGGUUGCGUACGCACGCACAUGGGAGGAGCGAGAGGAGCACAUCGACAACCAAGUUGUCCCUUGUGACACAACAUGUGUGCAGGAAAAGCUUCAGGAUACAGGUCCUGGGGUUCAAGAUAUAGGAUACAGAAGAAGCAAGUGCCGCGCUUGCGAUCGACGUAUGAAGAAUAAGAUCUCGGCGGACGCUAUGGAGGCCCUUGAUACCCUGUCUACACCUCGUAGUUUUGUACAAUUGAAAGUAGAGGCCAAGACCGAGCAUCUUGUGCUCAUCUCUGCCUUCACCUAUACCCACAUCGCCAUUUCCUUCAACAUCACCGACAUCACAGCGGAAGAUGUCGCCAAUCUGCUUCCCACAUCCAACCCAAGCUUCACAUUCUAUCGCCAUACAGUCUCUUCGCUCCUGUACUUCAUCUUCCACUCACCCGACAGUUCACCUGUACGAGAACGUAUGCAGCAUACAAUGGCAAUUCCAGGCCUUGUUAAUAUGCAUGCUGAAGAUGCGGGUGUACACGUGGAAAAGAAAAUUGAGAUCCAUGAUCCGAGCGAGUUGGUUUUUAAAGAAGCCGAUGAGAGGGUUGGAAGGUUUAGGAGUGUUUAUCUGCGGAAUAAAUAUGGGGGGACGGAGAGCGUGUACGAUAGCUUGGAAAAGGAUGCACAGUUCCUCAAUGAUGUGAGAUAA